GCGAGGAAGUGAGAAUGGAGGACCAUUCACUUCCUUCCUGCUUCGCAACUGCACAAGGCACUUUCCAUCGGAAAUUUCAUUGGAUAUAAGUACGGGAGCGGGUUUUGAGCUAGUCAGUCAGCUCCUCCGCUCCUCCCCGCCAUGUCUUCUAUACGGCACUUUCGAGUCCCUAAAGCCUGCAGCUAUGCAACUGCAAGCUUCUGUCGCAUCCACCAAGCUCCCAACACCGGCAAUGCUCUCCGCUUCCUUUCUACCACUCCAGCUCUUAGAGACGCGAAGCACUUCGCUCCGGAGACCAAGAUCUUCCGCGAUGUAGAACCCCUACGGGAAUUUAGGAGAGCCGCCCUCCUAAAUAAGCGCACCGUCGGCCUGGUCCCCACCAUGGGCGCCCUGCACGAGGGUCACCUCUCCCUUGUGCGUCAUGCCGCUGCCGAAAACACGGACGUCAUUGUCACCAUAUACGUGAACCCUACGCAGUUCGGGCUCAACGAGGACCUCGCCUCCUAUCCGAAGACAUGGGAAACCGACCUGCGCAUGCUGCACACUCUGGACCGGGAGCUCGCGAGCGUAGAAGGCGCGGGACGUGUCACCGCUGUCUUUGCGCCGUCCACAAAGACAAUGUAUCCCACGCUGCCACCUGACAGCAGCAUACCGGGUGUGGGCAGCUUCAUUGAAAUGCGCCCACUAGGGCAGUUACUGGAAGGGGCGAGCCGGCCGGUCUUCUUCCGCGGCGUGGCUACUGUCUGUAUGAAGCUUUUCAACAUUUGUCAGCCGGAGCGCGUAUACUUUGGGCAGAAGGACGUCCAGCAGACCGUUGUCAUCAAACGCUUGGUGAAAGACUUCCACCUCCCAAUAGGCGUUAAGAUCGUGCCUACGUCGCGCGAACCAGACGGUCUUGCUCUGUCAAGCAGAAAUGUGUACCUCGGUGCCCGUAGGCGUACUGUAGGCAUCGUGCUCAGCCAAGCCCUGCGCAAGGCCGAAGCACAGUACAAGGCUGGAAAGCGGACACGCGGCGAUAUCCUGUGGCCAGCGAGUGAUCAUGCGGACCAAACGAAAAUGGCGCAGGACACACUGGAACCUCACAAACGCGCGCGGUUCGAGGUCGAUUACAUCAGCCUUGCCGAUCCAGAAACCAUGGAGGAGCUUGAUGAAGUAGAUCCCGCGCGAGGUGCCAUCCUCAGUGGCGCUGUUAAGAUGCUGCCUGUCGAGGAGCCGAAUGAGUCCGAGGACCUGGGUGUGGGCGGUGGGCAGAUUCCCGUGAGACUGAUUGAUAACAUCGUGUUAGAUCCUGUCUCAUGAUGCUCAGCCAUAGAACGGUCAUGCUGGAGCCGAUAGCUAGACUUGACCUCAAAGUGAGAAAUGUAAGAGUUUUUCCAAUCCAACCUAUGGUUUGUUUGAGC